CGAUCCGAUCCGACUCCGACUCCGUAGCGAUGUGGCCCGCUUCCGGCGCGCGUUCCGAGUCGGUCCGGUCUUCCGAUGUGGGGCUGAUUGAUCCCGCCCCAGGUUGACCUGUUGCCCACCGCCCCGUCGUCGCCUCACGACGGGCCGCCAGCCCUGGAGGAGAUGCCGGCGAUGAGGGGCCUCGGAGAGCCCAGCGGCCCCACGGCCGCGGACGCGGCCGCUGCGGCACAGGCCAGACUGGAUCUCGUCCUGGAAGAAGUCAAGGCCUGCUGCGAGAGCUGCGAGCGCAUCGGUGAGGACAUACGGGCCCACCGAGCAAAGGCCGAGGCGGAGGCCUCGCAGCUCUUGCGGGAGGUGCGGGAUGGGGCGAAGGAGACGCGCAGGUUUCAAGCCGAGGAGCUCCGCGAGAUCAGGAAGGUCAAGUCCGAGGUGGACUUCUCCCAGGUCAUCAGCGCGAUCAACAUGCCGCUGCUAGACGUCUCGAAGGUGCUUCGAGAACUGCGCGCCGGGCGCGACGCGGAGCGGCAGGCUGGCGUGGACGUGCUCCCCGUGCUGCAGGAGAUCCGCUCCUGCCAGGCCGCCAGCGGGGGCUUCUUCGCCGCCGUGCUGGCGGAGCUGAAGAAGGUCCAGGCCGAGGUCCGCAGCACGCUGGGCGGCGUGGCGGGCACGCCGCGGGCGCGGGCGGCGCGGGCGCCCUCGCGGCCGCCGGGCGCGCGGCAGGGCGGCCACCACGACGGACCCCCACCGGAGCCGCCCCUGGCGGCGGCGUUGCCGGCCGCUCCAGCGGCGUCAUCGCCCAGGUGCAUUCGGUUCAACGAGAUGCCGGGCGAGGCCCCUGCUGAGCCCACAGGGGCCGCGGCGGCCGCCUGACUCCAGCACGGGGCCCCUCGCGCACGCCCCGGCGCACGCUCGCGCUGGGGUGGACGGCGUCGUCGGCGGCGGCGUGGCUGGUCGGCGCGGCCGUUCCGCUCCCCCGAAGCCUCCGCGCGUGCUGCCGGACAUCCUUGUACCUUUGGCGCCCCGUGCCGCGCUCGCGGAGCUGGGCGCGCGUGCCGCUUGCGCGCUGGGCCUGCUGCCUAAGAGGCGCCCGGCCUCUCUGGUUCCUCCCUCCCUUCCCCCCCUCCCUGCUCAUCCCUGAUCCCUCGUCCAUCCCGCCCCGCUCUGCUCCCGUAGGCGCCCUCCUCCCGGGGCGCCCUCCCCGCACGUGGCCCGACGGGCCGUCCCCAGCGGCCAGAGCUUGCGGGCCCGCGCCGCAGCCUGCGACGGG